AUAAAGAAUCUUUUGUUUUAUGGCGGCUUUUUUUCUCCGACGUCGUGAAAAUAUUGAAAAUUAAUUGAAUUUUUAUAGAAGUUUUCAAAAUAUAGAAAAAAAUCAAAGUUUACCAAUUGAUAAGUAAUUUAGAAAUAAAUUCGGGACUAAAAAGAUUAUCAUAAUGGAAAAUGGAACAGCUGCAUCAAAUGCCGCUGGUAAAUCAAAACAGAAAGUUGGAAUUGAAAAAAUAUAUCAAAAGAAAACGCAAUUAGAGCAUGUUCUAUUACGGCCUGAUACAUAUAUUGGUACCGUGGAACAUACUAAGGAAUUAAUGUGGGUAUAUGACAAUGAGGCAAAGAAAAUGAUUCAGAAAGAAAUAAAUUUUGUCCCAGGGUUGUAUAAAAUAUAUGAUGAAAUCUUAGUGAAUGCCGCUGACAACAAGCAAAGAGACAAAAAAAUGUCAAUGAUAAAGAUUGAUAUUGAUGCAGAGAAAAAUGUGAUCUCUAUAUGGAAUAAUGGUGCUGGUAUUCCAGUAGUAAUGCAUAAAGAAGAAAAAAUGUACGUUCCAACAAUGAUUUUCGGUCAUCUUUUAACUUCGUCCAAUUACAACGAUGAAGAAGAAAAAGUAACUGGUGGGCGAAAUGGUUACGGUGCAAAAUUAUGCAAUAUUUUCAGUUCUUCAUUUACCGUUGAAACGGCUUCGUCUGAAUAUAAGAGAAGUUUUAAACAAAUAUGGGGAUCAAAUAUGACCAAAACAUCUGAGCCUAAAAUUAAAGAUUUUUUUGGCAAUGAUUAUACAAAAAUAAUUUUUUCUCCUGAUUUAGCAAAAUUUAAAAUGGAUCGUUUAGAUGAGGAUAUUGUAGCUCUAAUGAGUCGACGAGCAUACGAUAUAGCUGCGUCAACACGCGGAGUUGCAGUUUUUCUGAAUGGCGAAAAAUUACCAGUAAAAAAUUUUAAAGAUUAUAUUGAUCUUUAUCUUAAAGAUUCUAAUGAUGAAACUGGAUCCCCAAUAAAGGUAAUAUAUGAAAAUGUCAAUGAGCGUUGGGAAGUAGCGGUUGCACCAUCAGACCGUGGCUUUCAGCAAGUAUCAUUCGUAAACUCUAUUGCCACUACUAAAGGCGGUCGUCAUGUUGAUUCUGUGGUUGAUUCAAUUGUGAAACAGCUAAUAGAAGUAUUAAAAAAGAAAAACAAAGGAGGAAUUAAUAUUAAACCUUUUCAAGUAAGAAAUCAUCUUUGGGUAUUUGUCAAUUGUUUGAUCGUUAAUCCAACAUUUGAUUCUCAAACAAAAGAGAAUAUGACUUUGCAAGCUAAAAGUUUUGGUUCUAAAUGUACGCUAUCCGAAAAAUUCAUAAAUGGUGUCGUGAAAUCUGGUAUAGUGGAAUCUGUACUAUCUUGGGCUAAAUUUAAGGCUCAAGAGAACUUAGCUAAAACAAGUGGCAAAAAAAAUACUAAAAUCAAAGGCAUUCCAAAACUUGAAGAUGCUAAUGAUGCAGGAUCUAAAAAUUCACUUUUAUGUACCCUAAUUUUAACUGAGGGAGAUUCAGCAAAAAGUUUAGCAGUUUCUGGUUUAGGUGUUGUUGGAAGAGAUCAUUAUGGUGUAUUUCCGUUGAGAGGUAAAUUGCUAAAUGUGAGAGAGGCAACACAUAAGCAAAUAUUGGAAAAUGCUGAAAUUAACAAUUUAAUUAAAAUUGUUGGAUUGCAAUAUAAAAAAAAGUAUUUAACUAUGGAAGAUUUAAAAACUUUACGUUAUGGAAAAAUAAUGAUAAUGACUGAUCAAGAUCAGGAUGGGUCUCAUAUUAAGGGUUUACUAAUCAAUUUCAUUCACACAAAUUGGCCAGAAUUAUUGCGAUUACCAUUUUUGGAAGAAUUUAUUACACCACUUGUAAAGGCUACAAAGAGAAAUGAAGAAUUUAGUUUUUAUUCUUUGCCUGAAUUUGAGGAAUGGAAAAACGAUACGCCCAACCAUAAUACAUACAAUAUAAAGUACUACAAAGGUUUGGGUACUUCAACAUCUAAAGAGGCAAAAGAAUAUUUCCAAAAUAUGGAAAAACACAGAAUUUUAUUUAAACAUGACGGUCAAACAGAUGACGAUAGUAUUUUAAUGGCAUUUUCAAAGAAGUUUGUCGAUCAACGUAAAGAAUGGUUAACUAAACAUAUGGAUGAAUGCAAACGACGAAAACUUUUAGGUUUGCCGGAAAGAUAUUUGUACACAAAAGGAACUAAAGAAAUUAGUUAUGCCGAUUUUGUUAAUUUGGAAUUGAUAUUGUUUUCAAAUGCAGAUAAUGUAAGAUCUAUACCUUCAUUAGUGGAUGGUUUUAAACCCGGGCAACGUAAAGUCAUUUUCACUGUUUUGAAACGUAAUGAUAAACGUGAGGUAAAAGUUGCUCAAUUGGCUGGAUCUGUUGCGGAAAUGUCAGCUUAUCAUCAUGGUGAACAAUCACUGUGUUCAACGAUUGUUAAUUUGGCACAAAAUUUCAUUGGUUCAAACAAUCUUAAUUUGCUUGAACCGAGAGGUCAAUUUGGUACUCGAUUAACUGGAGGAAAAGACUCAGCUAGCCCGCGUUACAUAUUUACAUUGAUGUCACCACUGACAAGAUUAAUUUUUCAUCCACAAGAUGAUCCACUUUUAAAUUAUGAAGUAGAUGAUAAUCAAAAAAUAGAGCCUACAUGGUAUAUGCCAAUUAUACCAUUAGUUCUCGUCAAUGGUGCAGAUGGUAUUGGCACUGGUUGGUCAACCAAAAUUCCAAAUUAUAAUCCUAGAGAUUUGGUCUCCAAUAUUCGCUUAAUGUUAUCUGGAGAAGAACCUAAAGCUAUUCAUCCUUGGUAUAAAAAUUUCAAAGGGACGAUUGAGCUAAUUGCUGAGAGUCGCUACAUGAGUGUGGGAAACGUAUCAAUAUUAAGUGAUAAUAAAAUUGAAAUUACUGAAUUACCCAUUGGAACUUGGACACAAGUUUAUAAAGAAAAUGUUCUUGAACCGUUAUUACAUGGUUCAGAUAAAAUUAAACCCAUUAUUUCGGAUUAUAAGGAGCAUCACACUGAUACCACUGUUCGUUUUGUUGUGACAAUGGCAGCUGGGGAAAUGGAUCGCUUGGAAAGAGAAGAUGGAGGUUUCCAUAGAACAUUCAAAUUAAGCAGUUCUAUACAAACAGGACAAAUGCAUGCAUUUGAUCAUGCCAAUUGUUUACGCCGCUUCGACAGUGCUAAUGAUAUUUUAAAAGAAUUUUAUCCUUUGCGUUUGGAGUAUUAUAGAAAGCGGAAGGAUUAUCUAGAAGGUCAAUUGCAAGCUCAGGCGGAUCGUUUAACUGAUCAAGCACGAUUUAUUUUAGAAAAAUGCUCUAAAACUUUGGUUGUUGAAAAUAAAAAACGAAAAGAUAUGAUUGAUGAGUUGAUAAAAAGAGGUUAUAGACCUGAUCCAGUAAAGGAAUGGCAGCGUCGUUUGAAAGUGGACGAAGAUGAAGAACCAGAAGAAGAAGAAGAAGAGGAAGCGACAACAACUAAAAAGGAUAAAAAACCAGUCGAUCCAGAAAAAGCAUUUCAAAAACUGACAGACGUUAAGAAAUUCGAUUAUUUACUUGGAAUGUCUAUGUGGAUGCUAACGGAAGAGCGAAAAAAUGAAUUACUCAAACAACGUGAUCAGAAGCUUGUAGAACUUAAAACAUUGCAAGGAAAAACCGCCGAAAUUCUUUGGCUUGAUGAUUUAGACGCAUUUGAAAAAAAAUUAAAUGAAGUUGAAGAAAAAGAACGUCUUGAAGAGCUUGGAAUUAAUGCUAAAAUUUCUAAGAAUAUGACUAUGAAAAUGAAACAGAUGGGAAAGAGAAAUAUCAAAAGCGCUACUGAAGAUAUAUAUCCUUCGAAAAAUGGUAUGAAAAUUGAUUUCAAAGUUACUUCUGAAAUUUUAAAGAAAGUUGAAGCUCAAGUAGAAGCUGCUAAACGUUAUAGAUCUAAAGACCCCAAAAUUAAAAAAGAAAAAGGUAUUUCUGCUAGUGGUGUUGGAAAGGAAGAACCUUCUGAAGAAAUUGAUGAAUUCGAUGCAUUAGUUGAAGGCGCCUCAAAACCUGGUGCCGGAGAAACAGCGGCUGAAGCUGCAGGUAUUGUUAAGAAAAAGCGUCUUCCAAAAGGAACAGGCGCCCCAAGAGUUAAAAAAGAAAAAGACACAAUUAAGGACACUUCUCCAAAGAAGAGAGGUCCAAAACCCAAAUCUGAUGGAAUGAAACAAACUAAACUAGCUUUUAAGAAGAAAAAGCAGUGGGGUAGCGACGAAAGUGAUAUGGAUGAUGAUUUAGGAAGUGAUGGUUUUGAUAGAUUGACUACAAAUGAAAAUACAGCUAAACGUGAUGUCUCAACGCGUCGGGCUGCUGCAAAGAAAGUUGAUUAUAAGAAAUUAUUAGGAGAAGAUGAAGAUGGGCAAAGCAGUGAAGACGGUGAAAUUGAAAUGUUUGAUAAUGAUGCAGUGAAAGAAAAAGGCAUGAACAUGGGCAAAAUAAGUGAUCAUGAAAGUGAUUUAGACAAUAAUCAAACAAUUGAACUUGAUGACUCUUCUGAUGGGUCUCCUCCACCAAAACGUGAAGUAAAAAGAAAAAAGAAGAAUUAUUCUGGAAGUGAUAGUGAUAAUGCAGUUAUAAUGUCAAAAAAGAAGAGAAUAGUAGACUCUGACGAUGAAUCCGAUUUUGAUUAAAAUCUCUACAAAUAUACCAUAGUAGCUGAUUUAAUUAAAUAUUUUCAUAAAAACUAGCUGAAAUGAAAAUUUCAUCAUAAUAAAAAUUUAUUUGCAAAAAAUCUUAUCAAACAAUCAAAUUUUAACAAAAAAAAAAAUUAUUAUUUGUAAUUCAUACCUUGUUCUUCAUUUCAAUUCUUAUUUAUUAAUUGUUUGAAAAGAAAAAAAAAAAUAAUCAUUUAUACUUAGAAUGUCUUAAAAUUUAAUCGAAAUAGUUUAAGUUCUUAGAAAAUAGGUAAUAGCUAAUUGAUUACUGUUUUCUAAAAAAAAAAUUAAAGAAAAAACGGUAAUGACAAAAUCAUGUUUUUUAUAAAACAGUAAUUUGAUUAUAAGUACUAAAUUAAAUAAUAUAAUUUUAAAAAUACUUUAUAGUAAAACUAAUUAUUUGAAAAAAAAUGAUAAUAUUUUUAGAAAUUAUUCAAAAACAAAAAAAUAGUAUGCAUUUUAAAUAAAUAAUUUGAUAUUUUCAAAAAAACAAAACCAAGAAACAAAAAAAUUAAUCAAAAUAAAAUAGCAUAAGAAACAACUGUAUAUAAAAUAUUUACCGAUUCCCACUCAUUAAUAGGUUUCCGAUUAAAAUGCAUAUUUUUCUUUUCUUUUUUGCUUUUUUUUUAUUUUUUAAAUUGAAAACUAUUGAAUUUAAUUAAUCUUAUAUUAUGCAAAUUGUAAUUUUUAUUUCAGUAUUUCAGUAAUAUUUAGUUUACUAUUAACAGAAAGAAAAUCAACAAAAAUUGAGAUAAAUUCAUGAUUAUUGAAUAAUGUAUGUAUGUUUAUUUUUGUUUUAAUUUUAUUCAUACAUACAAAAAUUUUUUAUAUUAAAAAUGACUAAUUUUAAAUUACAUUUUUAAAUUAUAUAUAAAACUUUUAUAAUAUUUCUGUUUUCGUAACACAAUUGUUUAGUAUUUAUGUGAGAUAUCCUUUUUUAGUGUUUUCCUUUCAAUUUUAUAUUUUUUUACUUUUAAUUUUUUUUUAAAUUAUUUAGAAACUCUCCUGUGUAAAUUUAAGGUAAGGAAUAAUUAAAGGAUCUGUUUUUUUUUUGUUUACAAUUUUUUUUUUUCAAAGAAACAUGAAUAAAAUCUAUAUAAAUAAAUAAUGAAAGUAACAAAUAAAGUUUACUCAAUGUAUUCAAUAAAAAUUAAAAAUAUAUAUUUAACAAAUUUAAAAAAGAAAAUAAAAGUACCUUUGUAAGUACUAUUUUUUUGUACAUCCGUAUCAAAUAAAUUAAAAAAAAAGAAGAGAAAAAAUUAAUGUUGUAAAUAAUUUAAAAAUUUAAAAAUAUACAUUUUCAAAUGCAUA